ACCCGGUCCGAGUCCCUCUUAUCGCCCGGAAGCCGGUCUCGUCGUCUCCUCGGAGAGAGCCAGCCAGCCUCCCUCCGGUGGCUAACCUCCACCGCCCUGCCCUGAAAACCCCAAUUCCAACCCGACUUCUCCACCCAGGAAGAAGAGCCGCCGCCGCUGCCUCGGCCUCCACCCACCCAUGGCGUCCCUGUGGUGCCUCUCGGCCCCGGCCGCCGCGCCGCCCGGAGCCCUCGGGGCCUCCGUCUCCGGAGGCGGCGUCUCCCUGGCGCGGGGGGCGGCGGUCCUACCGAGGAGGCGGCGCAGGUGGGACGCGCUCGUGGUGUGCGUGGCCCCCGACGAGGAGAAGAUUACGCGGCGCUCGCCCCUCGAUUUCCCCAUCGAAUGGGAGAAACCAAAGCCUGGGAGGAGGCCUGAUAUCUUCCCAAAAUUCAGCCCUAUGAAAACACCAUUGCCCCAUCCACUGCCGGCUGAUGAUCCACUGGAUGAUGAUGAGGAAGAGGAAGAGGAAGAGCCACAACCUCAGGAGGAACCACAGGAGGAUGAUCCUGACAAGGAAGAACCUGAGGAGGAUGACCCAGACAAGCCAACCGAGUAGUUUUGGAAUAUGCGGGUUAUGUUAGAUAAAACACGGUGUUAAGAUCUACCAUAUCCUUGAGAAAGAACAUAGGUCUCAUGGUCAAGUUUGACCUGUUAGUUCUGCUGGCUUUAUAGGCUGUAGACACACGUUUGUUUCGGGAGCACCCCUGAGCUUUUUCUAAAGCUAUGGAAGUUUUGUCCGACUGAUCACAAAUAUGCAAUGUUAUAUUUCUGCUGAUA